GUUCGUAUGGCGUUUGUCAGUAUGACAAUGAUCUAUAUGAGAUCUCGUGGAAAUCGGGUUUUCUGCCGGAUAUCAGCGUCUUGCAAACGCGAUAUUUCGACGUCAUCACUUGACGUCUUCAUCAGGUGUUCCCUGAGACUGGCUGCUUGCUGGACCGGGUCGCACAUUUAUGUCUGCCCGGUGCCUGGUGUUCUGUUUGCCGUUCCCUAGUCGGUCCGCGCCCGCGAGUCGCGCUAUCUUGCCGCUCUAGGUGUGCCCUAUUCCGUCCGCGCCCACUCCGGCCGCCUCCAACUGCGGUGGUGGCCUCCUGGUGUUCCCUUCUCGGUCCGCGCCCGCGAGUGGCGCUCCCCUGCCGCUUACGGAGCUUGUUCUCCUAAUAAAAUGAGCUGAAAAAAAACUCUUGAAAACGGUAUUAUUAAAGAAUUGCAGUUAUUCACCAAUGGCAUCAGUCUGAGAGAAAGUGUCGCUGGAGACAGGUGUGUCUGUUUCCGGUAGAAGUAUCGACAGUCACCUGUAAGCUGAAAGGGCUGCUCGAUGAUGUCGUGUUUCAGAAUCGUCAGCAAUGGAAGCAGAUAAGGACGUCACGGAGACGGUGGCCGUGGACCUGGGUGCCCUCCUAGACGCCGGGGACGACGCCAUGGUGACGCUCGUGGCAGGCGAGACGCGGCUGGUGGCGCACAGGGCCGUCCUGGUGGACAGGAGCCCCGUGUUCGCCGCCAUGUUCGCCCACGACACCCUCGAGGCGAGCACUGGCGUGGUGAGCAUCGCCGACGUGGGGGGCCCCGUGCUGAGGCAGCUGGUCUCCUACCUGUACACCCUGCGGGCCCCCCAGCUGCCCGCGAUGGCCGCCCAGCUGCUGGCCGCAGCGGACAAGUACGGCGUGUCGGGGCUGAAGGCGGAGUGUGAGCGGCAGGUGGCCGCUCAAUUGACUGUGGAGACCGCGGCGGCUGCAGCCGCCCUCGCAGUCCGCCACUCCUGCAGCGACCUCAGGCGGGCCGCCGUCGAAUUUAUGAAGACACGAACCCGUGAGGUGAUGGCCACUCAGGGAUGGGCGGAUGCCAUGUGGAAGCAGCCACAAGACUUGAUCGAAGUGAGCCCGCUGCUGUACGAUCCACCACCAAAAAUCAGGAGGCUCUCUACAAAGGAGAGAUGCAGCAGGCUGAUCCAGGUGGCCGAGCAGGGGGCAGUGGGGGAGCUGAGGGCGCUGCUCGCCGAUGGGGCCGACGUGGAGGCGAGGGGCGGGGUGUGGGGGUGGACUGCCCUGCACUGUGCAGCACACAGGGGAGACGUCGAGGUGGCGUGGCUGCUGGUGGAGGCGGGGGCGGCGGUGGACGCCAGAGACAGCUGGUGGCAGAGGACGCCUCUGCAUGUGGCUGCAAUGUGGGGCGGCACUGCUGUGGCGAGGCUGCUUCUGAGGGCGACUGCUGAUCCCAACGCCAGGGAUGGCAGAGGGUGGACGCCACUACACUGGGCGGCAGCCAAUGGCCACGCAGAAGUUGCGGCUGUACUACUCGAGGCGGGGGCUGACAGGGGGGCCACAGCUGGUGAUGGUCGGACAGCACUGGACCUCGCCAGUGAUGAAAACGAGAGGAGGCUGAUGGAGUUGCUGUCAUGAGGCAGCCACUCCAACGGACUCUCUGUAAAAAACAGAACUGAAACAACUUCUCCAGUAAUAAUUAGCAUUCUUCUUCAAUAAACAAUUCAAAAAUUCAA